AUGAGCAAGAUGUCAGAGGAGGAGGAGUUUUUUCUGUUCAUCUCCUUGGUGGGGCCGUGGGAUGGGCCUCAGCACCACCUUGCCCCUGUCUGGGCCUUCCACCUCCAGGCAGCCUUCACGGGCUUUGUCUUCUUUGUAGAGACGCCACUCAAUGCCACAGUGCUGGUGGCCACACUGCGCUACAGAAAGUUGCGGCAGCCACUCAACUACAUUCUGGUCAAUGUAUCCCUGGGGGGCUUCAUCUACUGCAUCUUCUUUGUCGUCUUCAUCACCAGCUGUCAUGGAUACUUUGUCUUCGGCCACCAUGUUUGUGCUCUGGGGGCCUUCCUGGGCUAUACAGCAGGUCUGGUGACAGGCUGGUCACUGGCCUUCUUGGUCUUUGAGCACUACAUCAGCAUCUGUAAGCCCUUCGGCAACUUCCGCUUCAGCUCCAAGCACGCACUGAUGGUGGUCCUGGCCACCUGGACCAUCGGUAUUGGUGCCUCCAUCCCACCCUUCUUUGGCUGGAGCCGGUUUGUCCCCGAGGGUCUUCAGUGUCCCUGUGGUCCCAACUGGUACACUGUGGGCACCAAAUAUUACAGCGAGUACUAUACCUGGUUUCUCUUCAUUUUCUGCUACAUUGUGCCUCUCUCCCUCAUCUGCUUCUCCUACUCUCAGCUGCUGGGGGUCUUCAGAGCUGUUGCAGCUCAGCAGCAGGAGUCAGGUACAACCCAGAAGGCUGAGCGGGAGAUGAGUCACAUGGUGGUGAUGAUGGUGGGGUCCUUCUGUCUCUGUUACACGCCCUGUGCUGCCCUGCCCAUGUAUAUAGUCAACAACCGUAACCACGGGGUGGACUUACGGUUUGUCACCAUUCCUGCCUUCUUCUCCAAGAGUGCUUGCGUCUACAAUCCCAUCAUCUACUGCUUCAUGAAUAAGCAGUUCCGAGCUUGCAUCCUGGAGAUGGUGUGUGGAAGGUCCAUGACAGAUGAGUCUGACAUGUCUAGCUCCCAGAAAAUGCAAGUUUCUACCAUCUCUUCUAGCCAAGUUGGCCCCAACUAA